AACCAUGGAGGGUAGUAUCAAGAUGCCACGCCACUAGUAAACGCACUAAAUCUGCACCACCGCUCUGACCCCACUUUGUUCCAAGGCAGUCCUGCUCUCUGCGCUUAGCAUCUCCGAGGCCACCUUCCAUGGCCCUUUUCUGCUUUGGACGUAUAACCUUGGCUUGCUAUGCUGUCAGUAGUCCUCAGGUCUGCCGGGCCAAUAUAUCUGAAUCAGUUAACUUUACCAUUUCCCGGUUGCGCUAAUGGAAGAUGUUCUGAUUGUGCUAUGAUUAGUGGUUGAAUAUCAUAAGGUUCCCCGCAGCUUAUUAUGGUCAAGGAGCCCAGGGAAUGGUCAAAGUCCAUGAAAACAACCCUAACCCAGAAACUAUAUGGUAAAGAGACAAAUACCGCCAUUUAUAUCUUGAGUCCACCCGGGGCCCUUAAGACGUACACAAUAGGUGUCGGCUCAGUCUUACCCCAAGAUUCAUUUACAUCGGGGGUCCUGAAGAAGCAUUCUUAUCUAACCAAGCUGACCAACCGGAUAGCGAAGGAUAGCAAUGCAUUGCAUCGGUGUCGAGACCCACAGAUCUGAGCCCCAUACCUCGUCUACCGGAUAUCAACGGUAAUGGUUUAUCCAAAAGCUUACACCCCAGAGAUCCAAUACUCCAGUCCUAUGACAUCGGGAUUCGGGUUUCGUUCACCGAGCUCAACUGCGUGGUGAUGGAGACAUCCUGCUAUAGCAUGCAUCCGUGACUAGACCGGUGUGUGGCUUUCUUCUCCAAUAUUUUGUAGUGGAGAUAGCUGGUGACGCCAUUGGCAGUGAGACGACGUGAUACAGG